GUACCGACCACUAAUAGCAAUACCAAUAUCUAUAGUACUAUUGCCCAAACCCAUCUCAUAAUUAACUAGUCCUGUUUCUCAUUAGCUAGCCAUCCACUUCAACUCACAUGCACGCUGGUUCCUUUUCCACCAUGCCUUCCCUCUCAGAAGCCUUUCUUUCUCACCCUGUUCACCUACAUCACAAGCUACCUGACCUGAACUCUCUUCAAGAACUCCCUGAUACUUAUGCCUGGACACAACACGAUGACGAUCACCAUCACACUAGUUACCCUAAUUCCAAUCCUUUCCCAGCAGUAGGUGAGUCUACGGUUCCUGUUAUUGAUCUCAACGACCCAAAUGCUACAAAGCUCAUUGGCCAUGCAUGCAAAAGUUGGGGUGUGUUCCAAGUGGUGAACCAUGGUGUUCCGAUGAGCCUCUUCAAUGAAAUUCAGCGCGUUGGUCAGGCACUAUUCUCUCUUCCGCUUCACCACAAGCUCAAAGCAGCUCGUUCCCCGGAUGGAGUUUCCGGCUACGGCCGCGCCCGGAUCUCCUCCUUCUUUCCCAAGCUCAUGUGGUCUGAGUGCUUCACAAUUUUUGAAUCCCCACUUGAGCAUUUCCUCCAACUCUGGCCCCAAGACCACAGUAAAUAUUGUGACAUUGUCGUGCAAUAUGAAGAGGCCAUGAGAAAGCUAGCAGGGAAGCUCAUGUGCCUUGUGUUGGCUUCCCUCGGCAUUUCAAACAAAGACCUAAAAUGGGCCGGCCCAAGAGGUGAAUUCAACGAGGCCUGUGCAGCUUUGCAUCUAAACUCCUACCCAAGUUGCCCGGAUCCGGAUCGGGCCAUGGGCCUUGCCCCGCAUACCGAUUCCACCCUCCUUACAAUCCUCUACCAAAAUAACAUCAGCGGGUUGCAGGUCCUCAGAGAAGGUGCGGGGUGGGUGACGGUGCCACCCACUCCCGGAGGCCUCGUGGUAAACAUGGGUGACCUCCUUCACAUUUUGUCAAACGGGUUGUACAGGAGUGUGCUCCAUCGGGUGCUUGUAAACCGAACCCAACAACGAUUCUCGGUUGCCUAUCUUUAUGGGCCUCCAGCAAAUGUCCAAAUAUCUCCUCAUGUGAAGUUGAUAGGCCCAAGUAGGCCUGCACUUUAUCGUCCAGUGACUUGGAACGAGUACCUUGGCACCAAAGCAAAGCAUUUCAAUAAGGCACUCUCAUUGGUGCAGCUUUGUGCAUCUAUCAACAGUUUGCCUCAAAAUCACAGCGUACAAGUGGGCUAGAUUUUGACAAAAUAAAAGUGGGCUAGAUAUUAGUCCAUCAAAGGUUUAAUAUAUGUUCUCAAUGUUGUCACUUUUAGUCCAUGUAAUAUUUUUGUCAGUAUUCGUAAUCUUAAAAUUUAAAUCACCAAUUUCAGUGCUUUAUAUGAUUU